CAGUUCAAAAUGGUGAUUUUAGAAAGUGAGAGCUUAUGUUAGAUAUCGGAGCAUUAUUCAGUUUCUUCGUGGCGUUCCCUCUGGCAUUAAAGCUGCCAUAGGUGGAUAGUAAUGGAGGGUUCAUCGGAGUCUCGCUGGGAGAAGUCUGAUAGUUCUAGCGAAUUGAAUGCUUGUGUCGUAUCCAGCGGGAGUCUUGGGUUAGCUCAUACUAACACCAACAGGUUUGGCGUCUCAGGUGAUGAGAAAGAGACAGUCACAGAUUGGGUGUUUCAGCCCGGCUCUGCUCACCUUGACAAUCAGGUCGUUUCUCCUGGUGUCUGUGGAGAUGCAGAGGCAGUGGGAGCUGUGGAUCAUGCAUUAGACCGGGGUGAUGUUAGCUUGAGGCAAUGGUUGGAUAAACCAGACCGAUCUGUUGACAUCCCAGAGUGCUUGCACAUCUUCAGGCAGAUUGUGGAGAAUGUGAAUCUGGCACAUGCACAAGGCAUUGUUGUUCAUAAUGUGCGGCCAUCCUGCUUCGUCAUGUCCUCAUUUAAUCGGGUUUCCUUCAUUGAGUCUUCUUCAUGUUCCAGUUCAGGUUCUGAUUCAUAUGGCAAUGCCCUGAACAACCAAACUCUAGGGGGACGGAACUACUCCUCACCUUCACCCCAGGACUUGCCUUGUCGGGGAGGCAGGAUUGCCGCAGAAGAUUCACUGCUGGGAAUUUCUCGCGUUGCUGCUUUUUUUAGGGCAUCGGAGACCAGUUGUUUGCGGUCAGGUUCAGCCUAUCCGACACGUCCAACGCCAAGAAAAGAGAGAGAAGGAAAUAAAAUAGAGGGUAGCAGGAAAAUGAAUGAUGCAGAAGAAAAUAGGAAGGACUUCCCCCUAAAGCAGAUAUUGCUUAUGGAGGCCAACUGGUACACUAGUCCCGAAGAAGUUGCUGGUGCUUCAAGUUCUUUUUCAUCAGAUAUUUAUCGAUUGGGGAUUCUUCUUUUUGAGCAGUUAUUCUUUCCGUUUAGCUUGAUGGAUGAGAAGCUCAGAACAAUGUCCAAUCUCCGACAUCGAGUUCUACCCCCUCAGUUGCUGUUGAAACGGCCAAAAGAAGCUUCCUUUUGUCUUUGGUUGCUGCACCCUCAGCCAAGUACUAGGCCAAAGAUGAGUGACCUGUUACAAAGUGAGUUCCUCAAUGAACCAAAGGAUAAUUUGGAAGAACAUCAAGCAGCUAUAAAUCUCAGAGAGGAAAUUGAAGAACAGGAGUUGAUGUUGGAAUUCUUGUUACAGAUGCAACAAAGAAAACAAGAAGCUGCUGAUAAAUUGUGCCAUGCCAUUUGCUGUCUAUCUUCUGAUAUUGAAGAAGUUCUUAAGCAGCAAAGCAUCCUAAAGAAAAAGGGGGACUUGUACCCAGAACCAAACAAGGAUGAUAAUUCAGCAUUGGAAAGGGUAGAUCACCCAUCACUGAAUCUUGCCAGAGGUGAGGGGUCAGCUGCCCUGGGGUCCAGGAAACGUUUCAGACCAGGAUUUCGGGUUUCUGAUGAAGAGGAACUUAAUGAGAACCAAGGUGAGGUUCAGAAGCCAGAAUACCUUGAAAGUAUAUUGUCCAAAAGCUCUCGAUUGAUGAAGAACUUUAAAAAACUGGAGGCUGCUUAUUUCUUAACAAGAUGCAGGCUUUUGAAGCCAACUGGGAAACCAUGUAAUAGAUGCUCACCGAUCAGUAGUAGUGGAAAGGGGUCAAUUGUGGUAACUGAAGGAAGCUCUGUUGAUAAUGUGGCUUCUAAGGAGGGUUUUGCUGAAGAUAGAAGAAGUGGAUGGAUAAAUACAUUCCUUGAGGGUUUGUGCAAGUAUUUAUCAUUCAGCAAGUUAAAAGUAAGGGCAGACCUGAAGCAAGGGGACCUGCUAAAUUCUUCUAACCUUGUAUGCUCUUUGAGUUUUGAUCGUGAUGGAGAAUUCUUCGCAACAGCUGGUGUAAAUAGGAAAAUUAAAAUUUUUGAAAGUGACAUAAUUCUAAAUGAAGACCGUGACAUUCAUUAUCCUGUUAUUGAGAUGGCUAGUAGAUCAAAACUUGGCAGUAUAUGUUGGAAUGGUUAUAUCAAAAGCCAGAUUGUUUCAAGUGACUUUGAUGGCAUUGUGCAGGUUUGGGACGUUACAAGAGGUCAAGUAUUUACGGAAAUGAGGGAGCAUGAGAAACGUGUAUGGUCUGUAGACUUUUCUUUAGCAGACCCAACAAAGUUGGCUAGUGGAAGUGAUGAUGGCUCUGUUAAACUAUGGAGUAUUAAUCAGAGAGGAAGUGUUAGUACCAUUAAAACAAAGGCCAACAUCUGCUGUGUUCAGUUCCCUCCCGAUUCUGCACAUUCAGUUGCAAUAGGUUCAGCAGAUCAUAAGAUCUAUUACUAUGAUCUUCGUAGCAUUAGAGUCCCUCUGUACACAUUAGUUGGUCACAGUAAGACUGUGAGCUAUGUGAAAUUUGUAGAUUCAACCACUCUUGUUUCUGCAUCCACUGAUAACACACUGAAGCUUUGGGAUUUAUCAACAUGCAUGUCUCGGGUGCUAGACAGUCCACUCCAAACCUUCACAGGGCACACAAAUAUGAAGAAUUUUGUGGGCCUUUCUGUAUCUGAUGGGUACAUUGCUACAGGCUCAGAAACAAAUGAGGUUUUCAUCUACCACAAAGCUUUCCCAAUGCCAGUGUUGUCAUUCAAAUUUGGCAGCAAGGACCCAUUGUUUGGCCAAGAAAUUGAUAAUGCCUCCCAAUUCAUAUCCUCCGUGUGUUGGCGUGGUCAGACCUCCACACUUGUUGCAGCCAAUUCCACUGGGAAUAUCAAACUGUUGGAGAUGGUAUGAUUUGUUUUCUAUGGGAAAUUCGAAAUGUCCCAACAAAGAAGAUCGGGUGGGAAGAUAAAAAAAGGAUUGGGAUGUCAAGGACUUUCUGGACUUCAAGGAUAAGCAUAAAGAAGACAUAGAGUCCAUGUAACUAGGCUUCGGGCAGCUAUCUAGAAGAUACGAUGGAGAGACCAAAUGAUGCCAUUUUCUUUAUCACAUGUUGGCAUUUGAUCUCUACUGUAAGCAGUUAUGGCUGUUGAGAAAGAAGGGAGGGGCUAAAUCAUUACCAGCGACUGUUGAAGAAAGUAGGAUAGAAAGGGGAAACAAAUUAAAGAGGAAGAGUUCAUUUGAUAUGUAUCUCAAGUGAUGCUUGUAUAUUAAUCAUCAUAGUUAUAAUAAUUUUAGGUGAUUUUCAAAUGUAUUGUGGUUCAUUUGUUACU